AUACGAUAACCCCUCAGGCUCAGAUCAAUUAGUUUAUCAUCAACAAUUAACAACUUAAGUCAGUUGUUAUCGAGUCGUGAGAGUGAACAUGCGCCUUUUGUGGUUCUGUGUUAUAUUACAAGUUGUCACAGCGCAGGCUGGCUUCGGGAGGUCUUAUAUGGGAAACUCGAGACUGUGUCGUGAAUGGAGUUGUUUUAAUAAAAAGUUAAAUUUAACGGACUCGCUGCCACCGAAAGAGCAUUAUGGAUUAAUUUUGAAAAACCGUUUUCCGGAAAGUUGGCAGAAUGUCGUGGAUUCAGCGCUAGAAGUCUGUUAUGGGAAGCGAUCUAGAAAAUACACUAACACUUGCCCGGGACAGGCAAUUAUGUUUUGUGUCAUGGAUCAAGCAGUAAUGAACUGCCCAAUUAAUAGUUUGACGACGGAUUCUUGCACUCCACUGUCAUCCCUUGCGGGAUACAAUUACAUGUUUUCACAGAGCCGUUACGAGAACUUAGAGCAGAAUUUGAAAUUAGACAGGCGUCCUCCGGCGUUUUUGCGAAACUAUUACCAUACAACAUGUUGUGACGUACCAGAUAUAUUUGAAGAGGAUAUGCUCAAAGAAUGUGGUUUCGAAAGAUUCGUUCACUAUAACGUUCACGGAGUGCAACAAAAAGAAGCAAAUGUCGAAUUUCAUACAACUAGUCCGAUCACGUCUACGAGCGAAAUAUCCAAUGAGUUCAUACAUGAUGAGAACCUUAAUGAAGUAGCUGGAGAUGAGUCUGAAGAUCCGUUAGACUGCUGCGAUGUGAGCGGCUUUAUAGAGCCGUCCUGGAAGUCUGAAUGCGGUUUUCAGCUUAAAUGGGAUGUGAAGAACAGACUUACAAUAUUAAAUAGCGAUGUACCCACCAGCACCGCCUCGUCCUUGAGAGAUAUGGACGUUAAAGUGGUGCCAAUAACUUGUGAAAACCAGCAGUGUAUUUUUGAUCGAUUGGGAAUUACUAAGUCAGGAGAAGUAGAUGUGGACAAAUUUGUAAAACUGUUGGACAAUAUGACGAAUAGGGAACCGCUGUGGAAUAGAGCCAAGGAGAGAGUUUUGGCCAGUUGUCUGCGGAAACCGCUCAUUGGAUAUGAGAGUGAUUGUGAGAUUAAUGGCAUCCUGAGCUGCACUUUGGACGUUCUGUCAGAGAAUUGUCCGCACGAAACCAGAGAGGAUCAGUGCAAAAAUUCCACAAAUAGCAAGGAAGGCGUCAUUUGUCACAUAAGCUCCUCAAAAUAUGGACCGAAAAACCGCCGUCAAUUUUGCAACAUACCCGACCUAGUCCGGAGAGAUAUUCUUGAUGCCUGCGGCGUUAGUUCCAUCUUCAAGAUAGAGUACGUGCUCCCUCAGAGUGUGGAUCAUGGCUGGGGUCCAGGAGUUAACUGCAAGGAAUCAACAGUAUCUGCUAACUGUUUGAUGAACAAGAUGGGUGUUUUAAAUAAAUACGGAUUCAUAGAUUACUUUAAGAUGAAGGAUAAGAUGAGAUCAUAUAGCGAGAGACUCGCAGCAUCCAUUUACGAUCUUUAUACCAGCUCCUUUAUCAACACGCCCUAUUACAAAGAUCACUGCAGUUCUCCUAAGAAGCUAUUAAACGUGAUUGACUCGAUAUUAUUAACGUGUCCGACACAGAACCGCAAAAAAACAAAAAAAUGCGACAAAAUAUUUACGGAAAUGAAGAAUAUGAUAACAGAUAAAAUCGCCCGAGACAAAAUUGACGAAAUAUUGAAUCAUAAUAAAAAUUACUAUCUGUCAACAAAUUAUAUGGCUAAAGUUAGUGCGCAGAAAACCAAACUGACACCACUGUAUGACUUCGGCAUCCUGUCCAGUAAUAACAUACCACCGGUUAAAGUUAUUGAUGUCACACCAAAGUUCUUAUUAUAUCCCGUCCAUACAACUAUUAACAGUUCGACAUUAUUUUCUUUACACAAUGACGGCGUCUUUCGCGGUUAGACAUUGACAAGUUAACAAUGUUGCAAGCACUAUUUAGAUAUAAAUUAAGUAUUACUUUUUUGAUAUGUCAACACUGACGCCGUACGGUAAAUUAAUUCCUUCUAUUAUGUAGUAAGUAGUAUUAAACUGUAAGAUUAUUUAAAAUCAAUUGGUUCAUUAAUUUUAAGGUUAUUUUAAUGUUAAAAUAAAAAAUAUUUUUGAAGCAAAA